GAUGCUUAUUAUUAUUUUGAAUUAGGGUAAUAAUGUUUGGAAAAUAUGUUUUAAAAUGUUUGAAUUUGCAGUGCAAAUAUACAUUAAAGAAUGGUGUUCCAUAAAAUAUUCCGAAUUCAAUUAUUGAAUCUUAAAACAAAAUUAGAACUAAAUUUUCUCACAGAUCAAAAUAUAAACGCCUAAUUUAAAAAUAUUCGAAAACAAAUCAAAUUAAUGCAAAUAUUUUAUAAAAAUACAAAGAAUAUUAAUGUAUUAUAAAAAUGGCUGAUGAAAUCGAAAUUGAAGAACAUGAUGUUUUAGAAAACCCUCGUAUCAAACGGAUUUUUCCUGAUUUAUCAAUACUUAAAAAAGAAAUAGGUGAUAAUGAUGUCUAUGAUGGAUGUCAUGAAUCUUCAAAAAGCAGUAUUGCUGAAAACUCGAUGACAACAAUAAAUGACAAAAACCAGGGAAGAUGUAAAUCAGAAUCAAAUGAGAAAAGUAUUAUAUUUGGCACAAAAAACCCUAUCAGCGGACCCAAAAGACAAAAAUUGGAGCUUCAUCUUAGAAAACCAAAAGUCUGUUUGCAAAAUAUUUCAAUAUCUUUAAAUAAAAAUCCAAACUUUUGUAAAACAUGUUCAAUUGUGUUUCCGAGAACGGAGUCCUACAAUGAACACAGAUUAUAUACACAUAGAUUACCGAUAAAUGAAGAUUGCAAUAGUGUCAGUAAAAACUUUGAGUGUAACGAAUGCAAUGUAACAUUUGUGAACUACGGUAACUUGAGUAGACAUAGGAGGAAUAUUCAUUCAAUUCAUGAAAACCGCAAAUAUAACGACAAAACUAUAACUGGGGUUAAUGUUAUGGUGAAAAUUAAUAAUACAAAUUUUAACUCAUUACCAGAAAGUAAUCUUAAAGAGUGCUUUCACUGUGACAUGCUGUUCAAAACACAACAAUCGCUUAUAGACCAUCUGUAUGACGUCUUGGAUUCGAGGAAGACGCAGAGUUCACAAAUUAAACCAGUUAAUGAAUCUGAAGGGAGGGGUGAUCAAAAUAAGCAACCCCGAAAAGAUAUUGAUCAAGAACAAUAUAAAAAUAUUGUUGAAAUGACCCAACAUGUCAUGAUAUUCAGAUGUCCUAUAUGCUCGUACUGCUUUAAUGAGUGGGAAUUCUAUGAAGCGCAUAUGAUAAAGAAGCAUAAUGUAUCUAAAGUGAAAGAAACAAGCAUGGUGCCAUACAAACCUAGCUGUAAAUUCUGUAAUUUACAAUACUCAAAUUACAAAUCAUACAACACACAUUUGCAUAAAAGACACAAAAAUAAAAUUUUACAAAGAGUAAGGAAACAAAGCUCCAAUAAAAUCAAUAAAUCCAUUGUAAAAAAGACAUUGUUGGAUCUCAAAAGACAAGAUCAUAUAAGGCAUCAAGUCGGUCAGAUAUAUGAUGAAAGGAGAUUUGAUAACGUAAAAGCUUUAAGUGGAGAGCAAUUAAGUACUAUCAAAACUGAUGUUAAAGUUGUGGCGCAUCAGACAAUUCUAUUCAGAUGUUCACAAUGUAAUAUACAUUUCCUGACGAGUGCUGCAGCAAAAGAUCACACAGAGCAUUCUUCUUUAGAUGAUUCUGAGUGUACAGUUUGUGACAGACAAUUCAAAAUUAAGGAUAUCAAUAUACAUAUGGAACAACAUAAAUAUUCAAACUAUAUAACAGUCAAUACAUGUAAAGGUAGGGACACACAGGAGGUACUAGAAAUACUCCAUAAAUGUCCAUCUUGCGCUGUACAUUUUAGUAAAGAAGGGAUUUUAAAACAUUACACAGUUUGCAAGAUGAGUCCAUCGAAAUCAGCUUAUUGCAAAGUAUGUGAUAUUCUUAUAUCUGAAGAUAUUAAAACCUCGCAUUAUGAAGAACAUGACAAACAAAGAUUAAAGCCCUCCGAUUAUGAGAUCGUUGAAUUUAAAAAAUUAAAAAGGAGGAACUUUAAAAUAAGCAAUAAAAGAGGAAAAGGUGGUGUUCCAAAGUAUCUGUUCCAUCUGAUUCAGUGUAAUGUUUGUGAUUGUAACAUAUUGAAAGCUCAUUAUAAAUCAGCAAUUCACUUUCGCUCUAGCUGUGCACAUUUCAUAAAAUAUGUGUGUAAAUAUUGCGGUCUGGUAUUCUCUAACAAAUCCAUCAACAGCCACAGGAGAUUACACCAGAAGUGCAACGAUCUGAGCAUCAGAGAUUUUACGUUUUACGAUUUGAAAACCGGCAAGAAGAUAUUACCGUCGAUACCGGUUUUUCCCAAAUGCGGUUCAUGCGGUAAACACUUUAUAAGCAAGUUCGAAGUCAAGAGGCACGUCUGUAACCGAUAUAACCAUUUGAAUUGCCCAAAAUGUGAUAUGAAACUGUCACAAACUGCUUACGAUCUACAUAUGCCGUUCCAUGAUUUGGUUUUGAGUAACGAAGGAAUAAUUCAAAACCUAACCAUCGAAGCAAAUGUACCAAGUGCGAGCAACAUUAGCGGAAAAAAUAAUAUAAAUGCAGUAUUUUCUUGUAAAAAUUGCAUCUUGGCUUUUAAUUCAUACGACGAGGCCAUCGAGCACUGCCACAUGCAUAGAGAUCUUGAUGAAAUCGUAAUUGAAAAAAUCGAAUGUAAGAUAUGUGAUUUACAAUUUGAUAAACACCGUUAUGAUGGACACAAGAAACUUCAUGAGGACUUCCCAGCGGCUGGAUAUAACUACUAUACAAUGGAUGUGCUUUAUUUUGGUUCUCACAAUGAUAAGUGGUUGAAACACGUAUUUGGCGAAGAUUGUUCGAAGGAGACUGUUAACGAUAUACUCGAGAACUCCAUGUACCGCCAUGAGACGAGAGUUAAAAUGAGAUUACUCCAGCGUGGAUCUUCAGGUGUCACAGUGUAUAAAUGCGAGAAAUGUGAUCGUUAUGUCGACAGUGACGGAAUUCACGAGCAUUAUAUCGCUUGUGACCAGAAUAUUUCUACGAAUUAUAAUGAUAACGAUGCAUAUAACGAUAAUCCAAAUAAUAGUAUCGUUAUUUUCAACGGAAAAGAAGACGAAGAAGUUAAUAAUAGAAUAUCUAAUAUGAAGAAAUGUUACGUUUUGUACGAAUGUAGAAUGUGUCACGUGGUGGUGAAUAGGAAAUGUGAGCAUGUUUGUGUUUUUGGUGAUUAUAAAGACUGCGGAACUUGUGGACUUUUAUUCAAUGCGAACGAUUACGACGCGCACGUAGAUAAACACAAACGUCUCAGCAGUUUUCAGGGAAAUUAUAUGAAAGUUAUUCUACUCGGAGCCAAAGAGCAAAAGUAUCAGAAUUCCAAAAACCAGAUAUCUAAAUUCUCAGGCAUUGUUUGUGAUUAUAGUUUUUAUAGAUGUUUGAAUUGUGAUGUGUGUGUACGAGAUUACAGGAGUACGUUACAACACUAUUGUCUCAUAGACGCUGCUAAGUCCAAAUGUGAUUUAUGUGAUUUACUUUUUGACGAAGGAAAACUUAAAGGCCAUUUGAAACUCCACGAUACUGAUCCAUAUUUUGUAAAAGACACAAUGUUUAUACAGAGUUUUGGUACAAAAAAAAAUGUUAAAAACCAAAUUGAAUCUAUUGAGAAUAACGAAAUCAGUACCGUCGUCAGCGGUGACAGUGUUACCAAUGCAAAAAAUCUCGAUCACAACAAUGAUUCAGAAAGAAAAAUAAGUAUAUAUAAAUGUAAGUGUGGCUUACACUAUCUGUCGGAAGCAACGGCGCAAGUACACUUAGAGAAAUGCAAAGGUAAAAUUAAACUAAAACAAAGUAAGCAGAACUGUUCAAAAUGCGGUCUCCAGUUUUCACCAGAUGUAUUAUUUAAGCAUCUUAUAGAACAUCAUGCCAAAAAAGAUGUUACUUACAAAUACGAAAUAAUACAGGUUUCUGAACGAGUCGACACUGAGAUGGAGUCAUAAGUAGAACUAUAUAUUUGUAUAGCAAUCUCAAGUCAAAAUAAUAUCUAAGACCGGACAAACCAAGUCAGAUUAUUUGCAAUGCCUGCCUAUAAUAUUUGUAAUUAUUGGUAAAAAAAUUUGCUUCGAGUACUUUCCGUGUCACCCUUAACACUUGUUUGUAUUUUAUACCUAUAUAUAGAUGUUAGACAGUUUUUUAUUCACAAAACGCGGCACAUAAUAGUAUCAAUCUAGGUAUUUGAAUGGAAAACUGGCAAAACUAUGUUUAGUUUGAAAAUGAAAACUUGUGAUAAAGGAUUUAGUGCUGUCACCAAAUCCUCUCUAAUCCUGUUAACGAUCGUAUUGCAAAGAUUUUAUUUUUCAUCUAUUUUAUUCAAAGUCGGUUCAAGGUCCACGAAGAAAAACUUUUCGCUCGUCAGUUAAUAGAUUUAAUUUUUCUUUAUAUGCUACACUUUCUGCUUCAAAGCGAUACACUAUAAGAAACGCUUCAACCGAAGAACAACCAAAUUGAACUUUUUUUAAAUCUAAAUUAUGUCAUGCAAAUUAUAGUUUAUUUUAAAUUAAGAACCCUAAUUUUUGAGAUGUAAAACAUUUAUUCAAAUAUCGUAACGACAAAAUAAGUUUUGUUUAAAAAAGUACAUUAAAGUAUUUUUUAUCCAUUAAAUAUUAAAUAUAUCGAUUAAAUUAGAAUAAUAUUUUUCACCUUAAAUGACUCAGGGCUUAAAAAAUUCUUAUGUUAUUGCUAAUUAUCAAUAUUUUAAUAUAUAAAAAGAUUAUUUGGAAAUAUAGAUUAUAUAAGAGUAAUAUAAGUCAAUAAGUCACUACUUUGUAAGAGUUUAAUGUAAUUCCAUAAGCCGUAGUCUAGUAAUUAAAACGAUUUAAUUGCGAAUUUUCUUUCGGUUAUGUAAUUUUGUUUUUUUAUAUUUAUUUAAAUUAUCAAAAAAAGAUACAAAUGUAUUUUAGUAUAAAAUGUACAUUAGUUGUUGUUUAAGAUAAAUAAUGU